AUGGACAAUUUGGAUGAAGUAUGCCGAAUUUGUUUAUCAACAUCUAAAAAUUUAGUACCAUUGUUUAAAGAAAAUAUUGAUAAUAACAUUGAUAAUGAUAACGAUACAACAGAAUCAACAACAAUUACAAACAUAAAUAAUAUUAUUGAUAAAAUAAUGGCGUGCGUUUCAGUACAAAUAGUAAAAGAUGACGACCUACCAUCAAAUAUAUGUAAUACAUGUUUACAAGAAUUAAAUAUUGCUUAUAAUUUUAUACAAAAAUGCGAACAAUCAAAUACAUAUUUAUCGGAAAUCAAGCGAAAAACAACUUCAUGUUCCAUACAUGAAAAUGAAUCAGAAGAUAUUGUCAAAGAAGAAUACGAAUGCGACUAUGAUAAAAAUGAUAAUGGACUGCAUAGUGAUGAAAAUAAUGAUGAAAUAAAACGAGAAAAUAUUAAAAUUGAACCAUCAAACACAGAUAAGAUUCAACUAAAUGAAGAUAACGAACAAGUUAAAACGAAUAUAAAAAGUCGUCGAAUUAAAUGUAAAAUAUGUUCAAAAGAAUAUAGUAUCAAUCAUAUUUAUCGACAUAUGCGUGUACACUCUGGUGAUAAACCAUUUACAUGUCAUAUUUGUGGUAAAAGUUUUAACACAAGCUAUAAUCGUGAUCGACACAUUAAAAUACACACAGGCGAACGUCCUUAUAAAUGUACAAUAUGUUUUAAAACAUUUAUACAGCAAGUAACGCUACAAGCACAUGUACGUGUACACACUGGAGAAACACCGUUUAAAUGUACAAUAUGUUCGAAAACAUUUAAACAAAGUCGUUUAUGUAAAUUACAUAUUGAACGAAAACAUUUUAAUAAUAAUAAUACUACAAAAAUAAAUAAGAAUACAAGCAAAACAUUUUUAUGUUGUAAAUGUGGUAAAACGUUUACAAGUCAAGUUGCAUUAAACAUACAUAAUAUUGUACAUACAGGAGUUAAAUCUUAUCAAUGUACAAUAUGUUCAAAACAAUUUGCAUAUUCAUCAUCGUUAAAAACACAUUUAUUGCGUCAUACGGGUGAGAAACGAUUUAGUUGUCAUUUAUGUGGACAUAAAUUUGUACAAUCAGCACACUUAAAAACACAUCUUACUUUACAUUCGGGUGAUAAACCAUUUAAAUGUACUGUAUGUUCAAAAUCUUUUUCAUUGAAGGGUAAUUUAAUUGUACAUCAACGGAUUCAUACUGGAGAGACACCAUAUACGUGUUCGAUAUGUGCUAAGGGAUUUUAUGAUUCAAGUUCAUUAAAAAAACAUUCAUCAUCACAUUCGCAACAAACUCAAAAAUAG